CACCUCAUCUUUGUUCAAAGCAUCAUCGUACUGUACUACUCCUUUGCGACCUCUUCCCCGACCCGACAUGUUGAGUUGAGCAUUAUAGUACGGUGCAGUGACUUGUCUCACCGGCGAGAAAUUAUCCCAUCCCAUCCCCAAUUACCUACCCACCUCUCCCUCUCUACCUCCCAACCUGCCCGUCCAUUGAAUCAAAAUGUCCGCACCUAAAGAUCUCCCACCCUUGACCACAAGCGACACUCGAUCCUCAAUCUCGGCAAUACCCAUGCACGAGGUCGAACCCAGCCCCGUUGACGACGAUGAAGACGAAAACUUCCCCGCCGGAGACGACAGUCAAUACCCCCCAACCAAUCCCUCCGACGUUGAGAAACAACGACUCCCAGCAACCGCUCACACCACCACCAAUUUCCUAGGCCUGACACCAGCAAGGACAUUGAAGAUACUCUCAGGAAUACAGAAAUACUCGACCGUCCCGCCGACGGUGUUUCUGACACUACACUAUACCAACACAGCGUUGAUCCCGUUGAUGACAAGGUCGGCAAGGGAGGCGGAUAAGUACCUCUUGCUGACAAGGCCCUAUUAUCAGUCAUUUCCGCUGGAGCCAUUGAUUGUCUUUGGACCGAUUGUGGCGCAUGUGCUGAGUGGGUUGGCGUUACGCAUCUAUCGACGGAGGGUGGCUGCGUAUCGACAUGGUGCUGAGACGCAUGCUCAGCGAAAGAAGAUUCCCUGGCCCAAGUUGUCGCUGACUUCGGCUUCGGGAUAUUCGCUUUAUCCCAUGUUUGUGCUGCAUGUCCUGACCAUGCGCAUCGUUCCUAAGAAUGUGGAUGGAAGCUCUGCCGCGGUGGGGCUCCGGUAUUUUGCUCACGGUGUGGCUCAUCACCCCUGGCUCACUAAUAUCGGGUAUUCUGUCUUUGUCUCGGUGGCUAGUUUUCAUUUCGUCACUGGUGCGGCAAAGUUUCUCAGGCUGUCCAAGGAAUACAUUACCGAGCCGGGCCAUUCGGGUCAGUUGACGAAGAAAUGGAGGGGUCGUCUCAUCAACUCUGUUGCUGCUUUGACUGCCGCGGUCUGGAUCGCUGGUGGUCUUGGUGUCAUUGGUCGGUCUGGCAUGGGGGUCGGGUGGGAGGCCAAGAAUUGGGAUAACAUCUACAAAGCCGUCCCUUUGAUAGGGAUGACCUUUCGAUGAGCACGCCGAAUUCGCCCUGCUCAAUCCUCCACAUGUCACAUCAACAGGGAUACCCUCUUGUACUAUAUUACACAACAUCAACCUCUGUAAUAGUAGACACAGCGCAGGCUACAAUUUGAAGACUGAAGCGACCAUGUUCUAAGAAGACUAUGGCAAUCAUAUUUGAGCAUGCUCAAGUUUGAUGCCUCCAAGACCACAAUGACCAUCAAAGCGUUCCGAGGAACAGAUUCACAGAUCCAAACUUUGGCGAUUUGAAAUGACCAUCACCUUUGAGACUUCUCCCUCAUCGUUGUCCUUGCUCUGCUCGCCACCGACACUACUCCUUUGAUGGAUGAGUUCAAGUGUGACCUGUCUGGUGUGCGGUACGCUACUUUGCAU